AUGGCCUCCAAACCUUGUUCCCCUUUUGCUCUUUUCCUGCUUCUCAAUCUUCUCUUCUUUUCCACAGUCUCUGGUCAUGGCAGUUUAAAGCCAAUGCCCAGCCCAAGACCUAUCCUUGGUCUAUCACCGGCAACCGAAAAUGGAACAGGCACGUGUCCCAGGGACGCACUAAAAAUAGGAGCAUGCGCCAAUGUGUUGAACGGUUUAGUGAACGUGACAAUCGGUCAGCCACCGGUGACCCCAUGCUGCUCUCUCAUUGACGGACUCGUCGUUGAGGCCGCCGUCUGCCUUUGCACCGCCAUACGAGCUAGCGCUCCGGGCAUCAACCUCAACGUUCCAAUCAAUCUCAGCUUGCUUCUCAAUGUUUGCUCUAGGCAAGUCCCUCCUGGCUUCCAAUGUCCUUGA